UAUUAUGAUACACGUUCAUAUUUCUCUCCGCAGAGCACCAAGACGUCAUCCGCCAAUCCCAUGGAGAAAACCUGAAGAUAAAACUCUACCUGCACCAUUCCAAUGUUAACAUUGUCUACAGGCCCAAGACGAACAAUCGGGACCGGGUCAUCCUGGACCAGGGGGUUCUGGUGACACCGCUGGACCCUCUGCUGGAGGGCAGGCUGACCGUGGAGGGAUCACAGCUCACUAUUAAGAAGGUCCACGAGGCUGACUCGGGUAUCUUCAAAGUGACAGACCUGGAUGGCUUUCCUGUGGCUCAUGUCUACAUUGAGGUGGAAGCCCACAAGCUGCCUCCGCUGACUGUCGCCAUCCUCUCCCUGCUGAGCGUGGUCGCCUUCAUGCUGCUGAUGUGCCUGCUGUCCUGCAUCUACAGGAUGCACAAGAGGAACGAGAAGAACAAGAAGCUGACGCUGCUCGCUCAGCAUGCCGGCAAGGGAGACGGCGAGGCUUUCAGACAGGUGGUCCAGGAUGCCUACAGCAGGUUCACUGAGGAGUCUCUGAUGCAGUCUGUGUGUGAGCAGCCCACCGAGAGUACAGAGGUCACAAUCAAGGGCCUCGAGGUGUCCAAAGGUGGACGCUACCACACUCUUUCCUCGGACAAUUUUCUGGAGAUGAGCGACUCCGGGGUGGAGUUCACCACCUCCGGCCUCCCACUGGAUAGUGACACUGAUGGAGGGAUGACUUACGCCUCCCACAAGCCCCUCCUGAACGCCGUCUCCCCUACAGCCAUGACCGAAGAAGCUCCCCCCGACUACCUCAGCGCCAGCAGAAGCCCCGACUCCGCUGCGGGUGGCAGCCCCGCCUCCAAUCUGCGCUCGCUUUCUACUGCCACCCUGGACGGCAGCCUGCACGGCGACUCGUCGCCGGGAACGGCCUCCAGGUGCACCGCUGGGUUGGAAUUAGCCAAAACAGAGGGAGGGGCUGAGAGCGAAGACGCAGGUCAGAAGGAGGAAUCAGCUCAGAGCACCUGAGAGGAUCCAGCAGGGAAUGUUUUUUUUUAGUUCAUACAGCAACGACACCCACAACAACCUGGCUCUGUCUAUCAUAUCCCAAACACCUCCGAGUCCUUCAUCACUGCAUUUAGAACAACACCAUAGACCUUAUAGUCAUGCUUGGAUUCAGACCUCACUUUAGCCUAUAAGAAAACAAAAGAAAGUUAGUCGCACAAAAUGCACAAUACAAAAUCAAAAGCACUGCGUACUGACACAUUAGGUGUAAAAGAACAACACCAAGCUGUAUUGGAAGAACAAAACAAUUCCCUGCAUAUAUGGAGAAUGCAUGCAUUUAAAUUAAACGUUAAAGUAGGUAUCAUAGUUCAGGUCUGCAGGAAAAUGCUGACGUUAGAUUAGACUCAAUGCAUGUGAGCUUCAACUGGGCCGACGAUGCACAGGCUCAAAAAGAGAAGUUCUGACGAUGCGAAAGGGAGAAAAAACACUCUCAGCACCGACAUGGGAUCAAAGGAUUUCACCUCCUGUCAAAAGGUUUUCAAAAAAGCAAGAAAAGAAAAAAAGACAGGAGUGUGACACAUUUUUGCAGUCAGAAUCACACAUUAUAGUCAAAGACCCCACGGCUACUAAUAGCAAACAGCAAAGAGUUUCCCCGGUAUCGAUGUGGAUCUCAGUGUGUCGCCUCUGACAGCACUUUUCUCUGCUCUCACGGCAUCAGACAAAUACCGCCGUGAUUGCAUUUCAUCCGGCCCGUACACAGACUCUAUUAUCAAUAAUACAAGCAUGUCAAAAGGCGUCUCAGCCUCUCGGACAGAAGUGCUUGCCUCAGCAAUCAUUCACCGAUAUGCACAAGGGGAAAAAAACACCUCCCCGACAUGUUCUUUCUGGAAAACCCUGCAAACUGAAACAAGCUCUGAAGAUUGAAUAUUGAACACCGCUCCGUUCCAGUGCCGGUGGUUGCUUUUUACUCUUUCUCUCAAAUCUUUUGUUUUUCAAAUCUGCCACAUUUGAAGGCGUCGUCUGGAGAAACCUGUGGGAUUUCGGUCAUUACGGUAUUCAUCAUUAGCCCCCUCAUCUCACUCGCGCUAAUGAUGAAUACAAGAGAAUACAAGAGCAGCCAACUGUAGAAACUAUCCUCAUCUGUUUUUUGUUUGUUUUAUCCCCCAGUGGAGUUGUCACUAGCCCUGUCAGAGCAAAAAAUUAAAUUGGGCAACACUUCUGGAACAGCUCCCGUGAACAUAAUUGGAUUUUUUUGGUCUCUUUUGGGAAGGACCGAUUCACAGACGCCAUGGAGUGAGGAGGGGCGAUAAAAAAGAGACAUAGAUGGAACAGAGUGCUAUUCGGGGAACAGAUAAAGGACUUGCAUGAUUUAAAGCACGCUCCUUUCAUCUUAGCUCCCAUCUAUCGGAUGGAGCUCUGAUUAUUGCAGCCCGGUUGUUUGCCAAAAUGAAGUGACUGGAAAGCAGUCGAAUCAAUCUGAGAUAACGAUGCAGCCUACAGCCCUGACGGAGUGAGACCGAAUAUAACAGAGAUUAUGAGAGGGGUGUGUGUGUGUGUGUGUGUGUGGAGACAUGAUUCCUUUCAGAUCAUGAAAGAAGGGAAAUGAAAAGAGGAAGGCAUUCUCAGAGAAUCACAAUCCUGUAUUAAUUGUUAAUAUCAAUGAGUCAAAAAUUAUGAUUCCUUCCAUUUGCUGCUCUGCUCUAUGAAUCCAAACCCAACGACUGUGCAACAUACAGUUGACCCUUCGCUAGGUCCCGCCCCUUGAAUGCAAACUGGCCAAUCACACCGUAGCAUCGGCCAACACCUAUUCUGCUCUGCUCCAUAGAGUCUCAGGAAGUCGUUUCAGAUUUUCCUCAUUUUCAGGCAUUUUUUUGUAUUCCGAGUUGGUCAUUGUUAAACGUUUGUUGAAAGUGAUAGUCGUUAAGCCUCUGUUAUACUUUCUGCAAGGACGGUCGCACGGACACGAGCUGAGGUGGAAUCGGGACAAGAAAACGUUUGAAUCUCGUACAUUCCUCCUCACAGCGAACCGACAUUCUCAAAGUUCUCCAUCUUCUCUGCCCAUUCGUGUCCUUAGAAAUUGUCAGAUGUGUACGGAAGGGCAGAAACCUGCUGCACGGUUUCAUUGUGUGAUGUCACUUUGCGGAUGUGGAAAACAAAAAUCACGCGUUGCACAGGAAGGUUGGAAGGAGAUAUACGUUUCCAAAAUGUUGCGUUUCUACGUAAAAACCUGUGGCGCUAACAUUAGCAGAGUACCUUAGCACGGCAUUAACUAGCGUUAGCAUACCCGGCUUUACAGAAACAGCGUUAACUUCAUUGUCUUCUGUCUCGAUGCCAGGUGAUGUGACACUGAUCUGUAGGCUUUUAUCUUUAUCUUUUUAACCUGUUCUCUCUGCUGAAACAGUUCGACAUCCUGGUUAUUUCCUUAAAACACAUAUUGUCGACCUUUCUGUCUGCUUUUCUCUAGAACCGCUUUUUCGUUUUUCCAAAACGGAUAUACUUCUUCAGGGAGUGCGGUUAGUGACAGUGUGGGCUCCACUGCUUAGCGAGUGGUCAAGUCAGUGACGCUACUAUUGAAUGCAACAGUAAUAGAGCGAUUGUAUAGUAUAGGAAGGUCAAAUGUUUACAACCACUCGAUGUAUUCAACGAGGAUAUUCUAAUCCUAAUAACUGAUGUUCAUAGUGUGGAUGCGUUUACUGUAAAGAGUUCCAAAGCAUGUGUGAGUUUGAAAAAGAACAGAUGGUGGUGGUAGAGCUGUACCACAGGUAGCUUCUAAAUUACACCUUAAUUACACCUUAAAGACACACAUGAUGGACCAUGAUGGAAGCAUGAAUAGAGUCAAUUAGCUCAAGCUCUCGCAGCCAUAACAACUCCUUUUGACUAAUUAGUUCCCGUUCCAUGCAGUGCAGGAAGCCUGUGGGCUAAUUCGGGUCACAGGAAACAGAUUCACACAGAAUGAGAGCGAGACACCCCGCACUGCUGAGGAGACUCUGUCCAAACAUGUCCUCCCCUCCACAGGGUCAAACACUCUGUCAUACUUAAAGAGUGCAGCACUUUCACACAUUUAGGGAAUCACAGCAGUAUCUAUGGCAACAUCGACAGAAAACCGACAGAAACACGCCGAAAGACAUUGAUCUUCAUCGUAACAGGGCUCUACGGUGCCACGGAUCCCAUCCCACACAGCUGGUAACAGUGUGGCUUCCUCUCGCAGCAACGGAAUUGAUGUCAACCUAGAUUUAUGAACUUUCACCUCUAAGGUUUACUAAAAACCGUCUCACACAGACACAGAUGUUUUGUGUCUGGACAAGAAAAGCACAAAAUUGAAUGUGUUCCUUUUGAAACAGGAAAAAAAAGGUUCACAUUGUAAUUACAAAGGGUUCAAAUAAUGCGCAGCUAUUGGAAAAAUGACUAGUUCACUUCUUAUUCAGGAAAAUGUAGUUUGGAGUCUUUAUUCACUGCAGAGGUAAAUUAUUCGUAAAUGAAUCACGAGUGACUUGCAUACCCCAAUUGUCAUUGAAUUGUUGACUUUGUAUGGCUGUUUUGUAGGGACUUCACCAGAUCGUUAACGCAAAGAGGAAACCAUUAAGACUCGGUUAUACUUUCCGCGAGGAUGGUCGCACUGACGUGAGCAGACGUGGAAUCGUCUGUGCAGGUUUCUCAUUGCGGCAAACCGACACUCUCAAAGGUCUCCAUCUUUUCCGCCAAUCCGCGUAGUUGGAAAAUGUCGAAUGUACACAAACAUAAAUCAAGCGUAAGGCUUCAAAACUGAUUUUGUUUUGAUGUAAAUAUCAGGUUCAUUCUAAUAAGCUAUGAUAAGAAGGUUAGGUGGACUAAUGACAAAUCGAUGUCAAAUGAUCGAGCAAUAUUCAUUACAAUGGCACUGAGACAUCACUACCAUCCGACAGGAAUCUGACACACGGCACAUCUCGACAUCAGUCACUCUUAAUCAUCCUUUUUUUCCCCCGACUGUUGUAAAUAUAAAGAUAUGUGUUCUGCAUGUGUGUAGUGUGAAAAUGCUAAUAUGUUUCUUACUGCAAGGCUUAUGCAAGAUUUUAUACUCAUCAAAGCGCUGCAUCGAUCUUUUAACCACACGUCCACAGCAGGUAGAAAACAAACGGCGUAUAGCGCUGGAGACGCCUUCAGCUCUCAGUCUUAACUCAUGUCGUGUUCA